UAUUAAGAAUGUGUACAGUAGAUGUUUAACAGGUAAAUGUCUAACAUUUGGUGCUGUGGUAGAGCUUCUGAUGGUCAACUGGGAGUAGUUGGAAAUGGGAGUGUGCUAGAGUUAAAUCAUCUAAAUAUCAAAGGUGUGAGUGGAGAUAAUGUGCGCAAUAUCUGUGGCAGUAAGAGGAGUACAGUUGUGCUAACAAGAGAUGGUCUGCUCUAUACAGCUGGUCAAGUUGAGGUGCUCGGCAGACCAGGAGAUAACACACCUCCUGCUAUCGUUUCUUCUUUAGAAAUUUUUACUAUAAAAUCAGUUGCAUGUGGUGAAGAUCACACAGUAGGAGUAACAAGUUCAGGAGCAGUCUGCUCCUGGGGUUUCAACUCUCAGGGCCAAUGUGGGCAUCCUCCUCCACAAUUCGUGCAGAAACCAACCUUACUCAGACCCCUCAUAGGUGUAAAAGUGAUCCAUGUUUCAUGCGGGGCUCGCCACACAUUAGCGUUAUGUGAAGGAGCAGAAGUGUUCAGUUGGGGGGAUAACACGUUUGGGCAACUUGGCUGUAACUCAGAACAGAAGCUUUGUUAUACACCGAGCAGAGUUACUGCUUUGGAUGGAGUUCCUAUCAUACAAAUAUCAGCAGGAGCGCGACACAACGGCGUGCUGACCGUCUCCGGUCAUCUCUUUAUCUGGGGCAGUAACUCAUUUGGUCAGCUUGGUCUGGGUGACCUGAUGCGUCGCCCCACACCGCGCUUAGUGCACCUUAUGUUGAGUCACUGUAUAGUGUCUGUGUGCUGUGGAGAGCACCACACAGCAGUGCUCACUGCUAAAGGAGCUGUGUUCACGUGGGGUGAUGGUAAUUAUGGGCAACUCGGACACGCCAAUACAAGCCAGCAGAUAGUUCCGAGACAGGUUCAGGAACUUAUGGGUGACAAGAUAGAUGCUAUAAGUUCUGGAUAUAACCACGUGAUAGCCAUGUCGUUGUCACGUGAGAUUGAUGACGUCACAGCUAAGCUAUACGGGUGGGGGAGCUGCUCCUCCGGUCAGCUGGGUGUGGGGAGAGUAGUUCACAACAUUCCUACCCCUACUCUCUUCCCUGAUAUCUGGACUGAUGCUGAUUUCUUCUUGGGAGAUAUUUAUUGUGGUGGAGAACAGACAUUUGCAAGAUUUUCAAAACAGAACAAGAGUUUGUUUUGUAACACACGGUCAUGUGACUUAUCAGAAGAAAAGUUCGCAUCUACUUUAGCAGAUUUAGAAGAACUUAAUGAUCCUACUCAACUAGUUACCUAUAUUACUCGGCUGUUUGGGAACGUAGCCAAUAUCAACAGUCUAUUCGUGCCACACAAAGUCAGAACAAAGCUAGGCGAAGGUAGUGGCAUUGACAUGACACGGCUGAGAAAGACAAUGGCACAACUACGGACUAUAAAACACGCGGAGUAUCACAAAGCUAUUUCAGGGAUGUUGGAGCACCAUGUUAUACCUCAUCUCCCAAGUGAUAUAGUAACGCAAGAGCAGUUACGGGUGUUCUGUAUACUACCAGAGUUCCCUUCCUUAUGUUAUCCCAAAGACUUUGUCCCUCAAUUCUCACAGGCUCUACUUGAACUUCCCGAGCAGCAUUUAAAAGCACUUCGUAACUGGUGGUCAGGAUACGAAGUCUCAUUUUUUGAAGCCCUGCUAUCAGUCUUCAAGCGGAGUGUGUACAGAAGCUUAGUUAAUCGACUACAUGACCCCGUGGAAAAUAAUAAGCGGUUAAAAAACAUGGAGAAGUGUCUAAAAGUUCUAGCCCUGCUGAACGAAGUGAAUUCUAACAAGGAGAUCGUGCCGUACAACGCGUUCUACAUCCACGAACUGACGGACCAACUCGAUCUGGAGGAGGACUAUAGGAACUGGAUAGAACAUCGCGAGGUAGCGUAUAAUGUGGUAUUUUGUAAAUACCCGUUUGUGUACACGGCUGAAGCCAAAGCGAAACUACUGAAGAUAGAUGCUAAUCAGCAGAUGAUGAAAACUGUGCAGAGUAUCGCUGUUAACCAGUUCCUAAAUAGGGGCCAGAUUAGUAUCAACCCUUUCUUAGAGUUGAAAGUGCGAAGAGACCACUUAAUAUUGGACACAUUGCGGCAGAUCCAAGAAUACGAGAGCAGACCUUAUCUCCUUAAGAAGCCCUUGAAAGUUAUAUUUGAGGGAGAGGAGGGUUACGAUGCAGGUGGGGUGAAGAAGGAGCUCUUUCUCCUCCUGAUGAAGGAGUUGUUGUCACCCGAUUACGGCAUGUUCUCUGUUGACCCCGAGUCGCGGUUCAUUUGGUUCUCAGAGUUCAGCUUUGAACACAACAGCAAUUACCAUCUUAUCGGAGUUCUGUGUGGUUUAGCCAUUUACAACUCUACUAUAGUUGACAUCAAUUUCCCGCCGGCGCUCUACAAGAAACUGCUCAAAAAGUCUGUGACUCUGAACGAUUUUGCGAAGCUUCAUCCUGUCCAAGCGAAUACUCUCCGACAACUUCUAGCGUACAACGAGCCAGACUUCGAAGAAACCAUGAGCUUGACUUUUUCAGUUAUGAGGGAUUUCUUUGGAGAAGUCGAAGAGAUCGAAAUCGUACCUGGUGGCAGAGAGAAAUCUGUAACUGUAGAAAACAGACACGAGUAUGUGAAGGCUUAUGUGGAUUACUACAUGAACAAAGUAAUAGAGGCACAAUACGAGGGAUUCGCUCAUGGAUUUCUUUAUGUAGCGGGAGGUAAAGUAUUCCAAGCAUUCCACUCAGAAGAACUGAUGCACAUGGUAUCAGGAAUGCAGGAUUUCAACUUCAAAGAUCUGGAGAGUAUAACGGAGUAUCAGAACGGAUAUCAUCCGGAGCACCCUGUUAUCAAGAUAUUCUGGCAGAUGUUUCACGAGAUGGAUCUCGGAACCAAGAAGAAAUUCCUGAUAUUCCUGACAGGAAGCGAUAGAAUACCAAUCCACGGUAUUCACAGUAUAAAGAUUAUUAUUCAGAAAGUUAAAGAUAAUACCAGAUUACCAGUGGCACACACGUGUUUCAACGUACUAGAUCUUCCUCCAUACCCCAAUAAAGAAAUAAUGGAAGAAAAGCUCCUGACUGCUAUCAUGAACACUGAGGGCUUUGGACUUGUUUAACUUAUAGUUUUAUAGCAGUUUUGGGUCUUAUACUUAUAUACAGUUAGAUUAAUUCAUUUUAUUGAUUUCUUGGUUCACCACGUAUUAUGCGAGUUUUAAGUUAUAUAGCGCGACAGAUACGUACUCAAGAAGUAUAUAUCACUGUGGCAAAGUGUGGUAUUGUCCACUGUGGCAUAUAAACUUUAGAACUGGACUUAUCGCUCGCCAAUGGUAAUAAUGGAAAAUGGACCCACUUAGUGGAUUUGUAAUUUGAUUGUUUUGAUUUCAGACGAGGUUUUUAUAGUUCUUUUUGAUAAUUCCUUGAAUUUCAGCUAGCUGAAUAUCUUUGUUAUAUGUAAGACAAGUAGUCCUGAAAUAUUUUGAAUAGAGAUUAGGUUUUGAUAAUUGUUUGAAUAACCUUUCUUAGGGGUUAAUCCAUAAAUCCAGUAUAAUAAUGAAAGUAAGUGGACCAGGACUAAUUAGAGCUCAGCUUACUUAACCCUGCAGGAAUUGUUUUAUGUUAAUCUGACUUAGUAUUCCGUCUCGGAAAUAUUAGUUAAUGAUAGCGAAAUUUUGGGAGACAAAUGAGUCAUUUAAUUCAAGUUAAUGGACUUUAAAGUAUCUAAUAGUAAUGUUCAGCCUGAUAUCAUGGCUAUGGUCGGUUCUCAUCCAGAAUUACUGCAGAAGCUCAAUGCCGGGAAACCGAGAGGAAAUCGUGAUGUAUCUUCGUUAAAAUAUUAACUAAUCAUAACAUUAUUCAAUAUUUGGGGUGGUCAGUUUAAAAAUUGUUUACUUUAAUGGUUGGUCGUUUUUGAUUGUGGGAAAUCUUGAUAAAAGGAUGACUAUUUUUACCAAGGUUAUAAAAUGUGAUUUUAUCUAAUGUCAUGAAAUAGUGAGUUGUAAUGUAGGUUUAAUGUAUAAAUGGAAGUUAAA